AAAAAAAAAGUUGAGCCGAACAGUGUCGACAUGGGGAUCCGAAAAAAGACCAACAAGAACCCGCCGGUGCUGAGCCAUGAGUUUGUCAUCCAGAACCAUGCAGACAUUGUGUCCUGCGUUGCUAUGGUGUUCCUUCUCGGGCUGAUGUUUGAGGUCACCUCAAAGUUUGCAGUGUUAUUCAUAACAGUCCAGUACAAUGUCACCAUAUCAACGAAUGGCCCAGAGGAGACGGCCGUGAACCACUUCCACCACGGCAUCAAGGACUUGGCCACUACCUUCUUCUACAUGCUGGUGGCCAUCAUCAUGCACGCCAUUAUCCAGGAGUACGUGCUGGACAAAAUCAACAGGAAGAAGCACUUCUCCAAAACCAAGCACAGCAAGUUCAAUGAGUCGGGCCAGCUGAGCGCCUUCUACCUGUUCUCCUUCGGCUGGGGCGCCAGCAUCCUGCUUUCCGAAAAGCUCCUGUCCAAUCCGGUCACCCUGUGGGAGGGCUAUCCCCAUACACUGAUGCCAUUCCAGUUGAAAUUCUACUUCAUAUGUCAGCUGGGCUACUGGUUGCACGCGAUGCCGGAACUCUAUUUCCAAAAGACAAAGAAGGAGGAUAUUUCACGGCGGCUGGGGUACAUCUUCCUUUACCUGGUCCACAUUGGGGGGGCCUACCUUCUGAACCUGAACCGUCUGGGUCUGGUCCUGCUGGUGUUGCACUACUUUGUGGAGCUUCUGUUCCACGUCUCCCGCCUGGUCUACUUCAGCAACGAGAGCCGGCAAACGGGUUUCACCAUAUGGGCCGUCUUGUUUGUCCUCGGGCGACUGCUCACGCUGUCCCUGUCCGUCCUCACCGUGGGCUUUGGCCUCGCCACGUCUGACAAUCAAGGCUUUGAUUUGGCCGCAGGGAACUUUAAUGUUAUUUUUGUGCGGAUAACCGUCCUGGCGGCCAUUUGCCUCACUCAGGCCUUCAUGAUGUGGAAAUUCAUCAACUUCCAGCUUCGCCGGUGGAGAGAGCACGCCCAGGCCCAGACUCUGAAAAAGAAACCAGUUCAACCUUCCAAGAGCAAGUCAAAGAAAGACAAAACCAAUGGAGUAAAUGGAGUGAGCUCCCACGCAGCCGAUUCACCGAGAGCGCGGAAAGAGAAGUCGUCAUAAAUGCGUUCCUCGGUCCAUCACUUCCUUCCCAAAGAAUGAUCUCGGCCCCGUGCUUUUUUUUCGCGGCUGCAUCCGACCAACGCCCCGCCCCCUCCCGCUCGCCCCCCGCUGUGCAUCUCGGGGCUCCCACACAGGACUGACCUCCCACAGCUGGACUUCAUGGGCCAGAAUGCUUUCAGCUUUGGCCUGUCGGCAGUCGUCCGGCGCGCCUCGACUCAACAAUCAUCUGUCCGCUGUGCCACUUCAAAUAUUGAAAACAAAAAAAAUUCCCCACCCAACUAUGAAAAAGAGACCUUAUUUAAGAAGUGCCUAUUGAUGCAGAUUGUUUUGUAUUGGGUGUGUACAAAUUCAGGAAUGAUGCCUUCAGUGUUUCCCCACCCACCCCCCUCAGUCAGGUGAUGUCAUGCUUUUUCCAACAUAGUGUGUAUUCCAGCUUGUGAUUUUAAUUUAUAAGUGCUAGCAGCUCCUCUUCUUUGCCACUGAAUCCGAACCCUCUUUGGCGGGAUUUUUGUAAACAUUUUUGUAAGAAUUUCCUAAUAAUAUCUCUUUUAUUUUUCCAUCUGUAAAGGUUGCACACAGUCCCGUUAUAAUCUGACUGUUCUCGCUCGGUUUCCAACGCGUCGCUGGCUAAUUGAUGCGAUUGAGCGCAACGUGGAGGAUUUUCAAUGUCCUCAGAAGAGGGACGCGCGCGUAAAAGCAACCCAGGAGAACCGGGAGACAUCUCCGUGUACUACCAUAAGUAGGUUCACAGUGAAGUGUAGUGCAAAACUGCCAUUAUAGACGUAGUAACCUUAUGUAGCAUUUUAUUAUCAUAGUUCAGAGCAGCUGUUGGUCACUAAAGAACAUAUCCCUUCCCGCGAGAUGAUGCUCACUCUAUGGCCGUUCUGCCUAUUGCACAUUGUCUGUUGUCCUUGAUUGAACACACUUUGUUUUGAGUGAUUGGGAGACAACAAGACGGAAUCCUUAGUUUGAUAGAAUCACUGUCUCGUAUGGUCCAUGACAAUUUGCUCUUUAAGUGGAAUGGGUUAGCUGUAUUUCAAUGUCCCUGCGUAGUAUUGCUUUGAAGUACAUAUGUCCACAAGAAUGAACUAGGACCGAGUGUGAAAAACCCAUGUUUUCUCCCUAACAACACGUGCCAAAUGAGUCUGAUUGACAGUUGCUGUAUGCCUUUCAGUUGCAUUUCACGAAAUGAAUUUACAGAAGCUGUGCUGUAUUGAAAGAAUCCAUCGCCUGCGUAACACUGGCUUAUUCUAAAGAAAAAGCUAACUCAUUUUAGAUCCACAGCAAGUAAGUUAUCUCCAGCAGUAUAUCACAAGUAUAUUUGGUUUUCUGAGCUUUUUUCUGAUUGUUUUAUCUAUCUUGCAAAGGAAUAAAACUGUGUAUUGAAAGAA